AAUGGUCGCUGAGAAUUGAAAAGGGCGGCACUUCCCUUUCGGGCUCCUCGUCGCCACUCCCACCACCACCUCCUCCGCCUCCUACUCUUCUUCCUCUUCCUCUUCUCCAUCCACCUCUUAAUCUACUUAAUUCUUUGAUCUCUCUAAUUUAUUUUCUCUUUUAUUUUUCCCUUGCUCUUCUCCUCGUCUUCUCUCUGGAAUCGCACCCCGAACUGUCUUUUACAGCCGCCGUCGUUCUGCCUGUGCUUCUACUAUACUUGGAAGUUUCGCAAACGCGCACGGCUAAACGAGUGUGCUGAGCUACGUUCGUGCCAUACCUUACCAAUUUCGAUUAUAUAUAUUUUAUUCUCUUGUUGAAGACACAUCUUAUCAUAAUGGUGACAAGUCUAUUACCGGCCUCCGCCGCUGCCUUUGCGCCAAGAUCCUCGCCAAACGUUGUCCUACAUUCGAGGGUAGAACCCUGGCUAACGAUGACACUCAAGAGGGUUAACCGGGUCAAACGCCCUUUAAAUAAUGUCGGCCAGCAUACCAGAUGUUUGACGGAGACGCUCUCAUCGACAAAUGCCAUCUGGACUCUCUGCUCUAUCAUGCUACCCAAGGCGCCGGAAUCUGAUCUACCCAAGGAUGACAACCCUCUCGUGGAGGCGCUUUUCAACUACCAGCUUCUCCACAUAGAAGCAUACGUGGUCCAUGUCGACAUGGUCUCUCAGAGUGAGGUUGCGUUCAAGUUGACCCCAGAGACCAUCGAGUCUUUGGUUGAAUACCAUAAGGAGGUGUUUUCCGUGGACACUGCUGCCAGCACCUGGAACUGGGCCGAGAAAGAGAUCCAAUUGAAGAAGCUGCAGGAAGAGUUCGUCCAGGCUGCCAACCGGUUCGUCUUCCGCACGGGCGUUCGUGUGCUUGAAGGAAUGGAGGAAGAGGGAGCUGGUGAGCUCCUUGGCGGUCGGAGUGACGAUGCAAAGGCGGCGGUGAUGGGAUUGUUUGUUCCGCUGCUUCCACCACCACCACGAGUCGUCGAUGUGGUGCAACCAACUCCGCUUCUCCCAAGCUCAACCGGUCCUCAAGAUUGGUGGAACAGCCCGAUCCCACAAAACCCACCCGUGCCCGUUGAAUCGUGGCAGGUAGUUCCUUCGAGCCCCAGCGCGGCAUCUUCAUGUGACUCACAUCAAAACCUAUGGGCUAGCAUUACGAUGAGUGAGAUGCACUUGCCAUCACCUGCUCCCUCGCAAAGUCCGCCGUUGUCUACUGCUUCGUACACUGCUGCCGAAUUCUACGACCCUUCGGCCACAACUGCAGCAAUGGCUCCUUUGCUCUUACCGAGUAUGAUUGCACAGCAGCAAUGCAGCGCUUCAGCUGGAAUGGGUGGCUUCGGGUGGAAUGAUCGCAUCGUGGAUUUCGCAUUGCCAUAUGGCACCACCAUGUAACUACACUUGGAGGCAUGGCAACCUCAACCGUUCACACCGCAGAAUGGGGUGGCCGUUCAUCAUAUCUACGACCCAGAUCACCACCCUGACACUCCUUUGACCUGCAUUUACUACACGGCAUGGCUUUCCAUCUGGGCGAACGACCGGGUCCUCGGGGACAAUGAUCUUGGUUUUGAAGGCAUAUACCUAUUUGCAUGGCUUUCUUUAACAUCCCUCUAUUGGUGCAUUUU